ACUGUGAAAAGUAGAAUGACUUCCUCACGGACAGCUCCCGGCUCGAGAGGACUUCUGGCCACGUUGGGUGACGAUGAAACUCAGCCACCUGUGACGAAUUUGAGUGUUUCUGUUGAAAACCUCUGCACGGUCAUAUGGACAUGGGAUCCUCCAGAGGGAGCCAGCCCGAAUUGCACCUUACGGUAUUUUAGUCAUUUUGACAACAAGCAGGAUAAGAAAAUUGCUCCUGAAACCCAUCGUUCAAAAGAAGUGCCCCUGAACGAGAGGAUUUGUCUGCAAGUGGGGUCCCAGUGCAGCACCAGUGAAAGUGACAAUCCUAGCAUUUUGGUGGAGAAGUGCACCCCGCCCCCGGAAGGCGAUCCUGAGUCCGCGGUGACUGAGCUGCGAUGCGUUUGGCACAACCUGAGCUACAUGAAGUGCACUUGGCUCCCAGGAAGGAAUACGAGUCCUGACACCAACUAUACUCUCUACUAUUGGCACAGCAGCCUGGGAAAAAUUCUUCAGUGUGAAGACAUCUAUAGGGAAGGUCAACACAUUGGUUGUUCCUUUGCUCUCACUAAUUUGAAGGAUUCCAGUUUUGAACAGCACAGUGUCCAAAUAGUGGUCAAGGAUAAUGCAGGAAAAAUUAGACCAUCCUUCAAUAUAGUGCCUUUAACUUCUCAUGUGAAACCUGAUCCCCCACAUAUUAAACGUCUCUUCUUCCAAAAUGGUAACUUGUAUGUGCAAUGGAAGAAUCCACAGAAUUUUUACAGCAGAUGCUUAUCUUAUCAAGUGGAAGUCAAUAACAGCCAAACUGAGACGAGUGAUACUUUCUACGUUGAAGAGGCCAAAUGUCAGAAUUCAGAAUUUGAGGGAAACCUGGAGGGUACAAUUUGUUUCAUGGUCCCUGGUGUGCUUCCUGAUACUUUGAACACAGUCAGAAUAAGAGUCAGAACAAAUAAGUUAUGCUAUGAGGAUGACAAACUCUGGAGUAAUUGGAGUCAAGCAAUGAGUAUAGGUGAGAAUACCGACCCCACGUUCUACGUCAGCAUGUUGCUCGCCACUCCGGUCAUCGUCGCGGGUGCCAUCAUAGUCCUCCUGCUUUAUCUCAAAAGGCUCAAGAUCAUUAUAUUCCCUCCGAUUCCUGAUCCUGGCAAGAUUUUUAAAGAAAUGUUUGGAGACCAGAACGAUGAUACCCUGCACUGGAAGAAGUACGACAUCUAUGAGAAGCAAACCAAAGAAGAGACCGACUCCGUGGUGCUGAUAGAAAACCUGAAGAGAGCCCCUCAGUGACGGGCGUAAUUUAUUUUAACCUUCCUCGUGACCUUGUGAGGAUUCGUCCCAUUCUGCAUUUGUUAUCCGGGAACUCGUGAAACGGACGCUGAAACUACUGGGCCCCCGAAGAGCAGCCAGCUCAGAAGCGCCGCGGGCUUCCUGCUGAGCCGCGCCGAGACGCCGAGCACAAGGGCUCUCUGGCCAAGACGGUGGAGUUGUCGUCGCCGAGUUGUAAAAGCAGACGCCCCAUGCGAAGGCUUCGAAGCAGGGGACAGAGCAAACAGCGGUGAUGAUGGCGGUAGACGGAAUCUUACCAAGACUUUGACCCCUCGGAGGGACCUGUGCCCGCUCUGUAUUCUCUGUGUCAAACAGUACCAACACGUGUGAUUUGCUGUGUGAGACUCAUUUGGGGGGCAGUCCCUAAUGCCAGCCCCAAGUCACGGAGAACACUUGGCGGACGAAGUGGGUAAAAUCUGCGCUCUGUUGUUUGGGAUCUCACGCAGGAGUGCAUGUGGCUCUUCGGCGUCUUCGCGUUCUGGAGUCCUCGGCCCCUGGAGCCGCGAUUUUCUGUGCUUUAGAAGGCCCAGGCAACAGCUAGCCAUGAGGAGGACAUCUCCAGAGAAAGCAGGGGCAGCUCCUUUCCCGACCCCUUGCAAAGCCAGGCAGGUGGCAGGCGUUUCGGGGCCGUGAAGGGAGAACGGCUCCCUGGCCAUGAGCGUGCAGCCGGCGGCCUUCACCUCCACGUUCGCCCCCAGCCGUGAGGCGUCGUCCUGAGGGGUGCCAGUCUAGCCGAGACUCCUCUGUUCUUACCACUUCCUCUCCACCCGUCAGUUGCCAGACCUUUCCGACUCCCCAGUUGCCCCCGCCCAGUCUCCCCUGGCGCAGUCACCCUGGUCCCAGCGGGCAGCCUGGCUGUCCGUUAGAAAUCAGAAUGAAAAGCUGCUCACGACACCUAGAGGGGCAGGGAGUAAUUUGCAUCUCAGGUAAAGUGUGCGGAGACUAAGAAACAAUGACUGAUUCUUGCAUAUUUUGUAACUUGUACGUGAGUCUGCAUUUCUUUGAAGGUUUUCAGCGUUUACUAUUUCUCUAUGCAUUUUCGAAACAGAAAGGAGGUAUUAUCUUCACUUCGAACUUCGAACUUUGCUCUUGCGGCCACAACUGGUUACGAGUAGGUUUUGCUUCUUAUGUGGAUAGCAUCUGAGGCUCCAACGUUUGUGUUUUUUUGGGGUUUUUUUUUCUUUUUGCAUACUAAGUUAGGGUUCCAUUCUCUUCCAGCCCUACAUCGGACCCACAGAGAUAUUCCCCCUACUCCUCCUCCCCCCUCCAAAUUUAAAGAAGCGUGGAAGCCAGAGGCCCCCCCUCACCCCCCAGCAUCUCUCUCCGCAUGUGCCCUGACUCCGAUCCCUGGUAGGAACUUGAAAACUUGAUACCACAAGUUCUCCAUUCACUCACCCACUGGCAGCAAUCAGAUGUUGCAACUUGCAACUCCUGCUCUUAGGGGAUGGGAGGAGGUCAGAGGUGCCUGUUCGCCACAGGCUUGGCCCCAGGUGGCCACCGGCUUGCGCUGCCACGGAGAGGACUGUGCCCUGGCUCGUCGCAGGAAAUUCCGUGCCAGGGGCAGACGUCAAUGUGUUUCCUCCCUGUGCCGUUUUUUUUUCUUUUCUUUUUUUUUUUUUUUUAGGUCAGAUUGAGGUGGGAGACAGGCAGAGUAGACGUCCCACCUUGUUCUACGGUUUUCGAGAAAGAACAUUUGGUUUUCCUGUGUCGGAAUGAAGUUAUCUCCUAGUCGAGUCUUUUAUAAUUCUGGAAAGCAAAACACCAGCACGCCUCACCCAGGGCCGUUUUUCCUGGUAUCCUAUUUAGAUGGCAAUGGCGGGGGGAUGCUUUGGUAUUACGAUUACCCAAGGGCCUGCAGAUGGUGACAGUCACAGUCCGGGAGCGAGGACAUUGCAUUUGGUUUACAUUCUCCGCUUUGAGCUGUCAGAUAGUCGAGGGAAAAGGGGGCAGUGAAUUAUGGGAAUACCUGUGGCUGGUCUGUAACUGCUGAAAAGUCAUCCCCAGAUGUUGGGAACUUGCCUGCAUCAGUGGGAUUUCCACCACCUGUCGGAAACUCGUAGGUUCAUUCACUAUGUUAUGCCUAAACUGUAUGGAUUUUGUUUCCCUCCACCUACCUAAGUAAACCCGCUGUAAGGAUGGUCCUUCUCAUUCUUUCAUUCAGAUAAGUUUUUCCUCUAUCUGGGCACUGAAGGGAUACGUGAAGCAAUGUUAAGAAUUUUUUUGGUAAUGCCUUCAAUUAGGGGUCAUUUUGUUUAACUUCUUAUAGGAAAGCUUGAGUGAAAUAAAUAUUGUCUUUUUGUAUGUCA